AUGCCUGGCCUCACAUCUGCCAUUCGUUCAUCAGAAGCCCUCAGCAAAGAGCGUCUCCCCAUCACCGCACCCCACCAUGGCUGGUUCACCUCCCCAGCGCGCUCUCACGCAAGUAGCGGGAAUGGCAGAGAGCUACCGCUGCAUCUGAUCGCCUUGAUCCUAUCGCAUCUCGACGAUGCCGCAGAUCUCGCUCGAGUCACCCGAACCUCCCGCGUCUUCUACUACAUGACCCUGCCCCGACUUUACGAACAUGUCACGCUCCGUUCUUAUUCCGAGCUCCGUUACGUCAAUGGCCGACCGGAGGGCUACGGAAAUGGCAGUCCAUUCGCCAUGGGAUUGAAUACACUUGUCUCGAGAAACUUUACCGACUACGUACAGACGUUUCGCGUGGUUGGAGAAUGGCGAGAGCACGACGUAGACGAUUAUUCUAAAGGUCGAGUGCCGGACAAUAGUAUGAUGCUUCAGCUUGCCUUGAGGGCAGCGCUGGACAAGAUGAAAAAUCUGAGGUCGUUUGCCUGGGAGCUAAACACCAAACCAUUACAGACCGUCUACCAAAGCAUCAUGUCGAAACCUUCGAUUACAUCUCUCACUCUCCGCUUCCCGACGAAACGAAUACCACGCCCCACCACCCUCAUCCCACCUCUACCCAAUCUAAUAACCCUUGUAGUUUACGAUAUCGAUCCUCUGUGUUCUCCGGACGACAUAUCCUUGUUGCUCGUUCGCGCUACCAAAUUGGAGAAUUUGAAGAUGCAUUGGAGUCCUCGAAUGCGCGAGAGCGGCGAGGAAUCGGUCAAUCUUAUCAACUACUUUGGUCGCUGUAUUGCUGCGAAGCAGAAUCUUCCCGUGAAGCGAAUGGCGCUUUACAACAUGUAUGCCCGCCAUUCUGGUGGCGAUUUCGACCACGCAACGGACCCGGCAGCAUUAGAGGAGGUGACCAUGAUCAAUUGCAUGGGCUCCUCCGACCCCAUGACCGUAUUCUUAGACGAUACAUGGAGAUUGAACGGACCGAACGAAGUUCCUCCAAACCUGAAGAUGAUGAAGGGGGAUUUUGUGGAUUCUCAGCAUGUGGCCAUGCUAGGAAAAUUUCAUGGAUUGAGGGCCCUAUAUCUCAUUAGUAAACGCAAAAGCUCAAAGCCCAGCAGCAUCGCCCCUACACCUACUACACCAUCUAUGACUUCACCUGGUACCAGUGCAACCAGUACACCGAUUACCGAACAUCAAUGCAAGUCGCUUGCUGGAGAUUAUCUUGCGGUCAUACAAUCGAAUCACCGAAAUAUACGUCAUCUCCUCCUGCCAGACAAUUGGCAAUUGAGUGAAGACACCCUUUUCAAGCUCUGCCAAAACUGCCCUGACCUCGAACAACUCGCCUUUUCUUGCGGCGUUCCGCCCCUCGAAUCCUUGCGCCAGAUAAUCGGAUUAUGCAAGAACCUCACCGCUUUGCGACUCCUUGUGAGGCCUGGCUCUGAACUUGCGGAGAAGCUAGAUUCAAUGGAUGCGGAAAUGCAUCAAUUUGCAUUCGCGACGGAGCUUUGGCAUCCGGAGUAUAUGAGUCUCAAAUAUGUCGGGCUUGGAGAUCGACUCUUCUAUAGACUGGGACCGGUGGUAUAUCCACCGAAAUCAAUGAACGGGAACAUUCCUCCUGGUCAAGAAAAUUCGAUGAAUGCGAAAAGAUACGGACCCAUGCGUAUGAUGCAUAGGAUAGAAUGGGAGGACAUUAAGCACGUGGAAAUAUUCGGCAUGGACACUACUGAAUUCGACCCGAGUUUCCCCUGA